UUUAGAUUCACACACAAUCAAGAAUGCCGCGUGGAUAGAGACGCGAUUGGCGUGCGAUGUACUCCCAAUCGCAUCGCGCAUUGUCACAAGGACGAAAUACCUCACAACGGACAAUGCUAUCACUUAGCCGAUCCUGAUAGCGGAUUUAAUCAUGCUGAAGCAUUGGAACAUUGUGAACGAAGGAAUGCACGAUUAAUUGACAUCACUAACCAGGAGGAAAAUAAUUUUGUUUCGGAGUGGCUGUUGCAAUUGUAUCCGGAAGUUAGCUCAGUUAUGACUUCCGGCUUCGGCUUUACCAGCAUGAGUCGCACCUUAUGGCUGUGGGCAAAUUCUGCUCAUGCCAAAUUCAAAUUUACAAAGUGGUGGCCUGGGUGGAUGAACGAUACGUCUCAACCACCGCGAGUGAGUUCUCGUCCUCUUUGUAUUGUUAUGAAACGCAAAUUUUCGUGUCACGAACGACCUGAAUCGACUUGUGACACAGAUUAUUUCUUCUGGGACACUGAAGACUGCGCAACUACUUCGAAGGGGCAUUCUUUUAUUUGCAAAAGACCUUAUGAUGACAUUGGUUGCAUUUACGGGAAAGGAAAUCAAUACACUGGUAAAGCCAAUGUAACAAUAUCAGGAAAUGAAUGUCUUUCAUGGGCCGAUGAGAGAAUUGCGCAUCAAUUACGUAUAAAUGUUGUUAAUAAAGAAAUUCGAGACAAACUGGAAACGCAUAACUAUUGCAGAAAUCCUAAUCCAGUAAAGGAAUCGAGACCGUGGUGCUUUGUAGGAGCUGGAAAGCGUGAAUAUUGUGAUAUUCCUGCCUGUGGAAAUAUUGAUUCAAAACGAUCUAUGUUGACUGGUCAAUGCAAGCCUAAACAUUUUGAAUGUACGCCAGGAGAGUGCAUUCCAUCGCCAUGGGUUUGCGAUGGAGAGGAGGAUUGUACAAAUGGGGCUGAUGAAAGAAAAUGUAUAUUGGAUCUGAAUCUCUUUGAAAAAUCUACAAAGCAUAAACUUGAGGGCUAUGAUGUUGAGAAAUGGUUGAAUACACCUUUGAAAACCUGUGCAUUAAGAUGCAAAGAAGCUGAUUUUACUUGUCGUUCAUUUAAUCACAAAUCAGAGGGUAAUGUGUGUUUAUUGAGUAACAGUAACAUCGGCUUAACUGGUGCACUCAAACCUGACAAAGAGUUUGAUUAUUAUGAAAUGAGGGAGAGAAGCAUGAACUGUAAUGGCAUGCAUAUUUGCAAUAAUCGCAAGUGUAUAAAUCAAACAAAAGUUUGUGAUGGCAAAAACGACUGCAAUGAUCGCAGUGAUGAGAAUAUCUGCACAGCUGAAAAUUUGGAUUACAAUAUCCGCUUAGCAGGUGCAAAUAAUAGUUAUGAGGGUCGAAUAGAAGUCAGAA